UUUACAAGCAAACAAAAGUGGUAGUAGCUACCGCGUCGGCAUCUCAGACCUUUUCUAUUGGCAUUUGCACAACAGCUCAAUUAGCUAUUGCAAUCUACUCCAGCUAGCAGUUUUGUUGGUCGAUCUCGUCUCCUUCCUCAACGUGGCGAACGCCACGAGCACAUGACUCCGGACAGGACAAACGUGCCGGCCGCCUUUCACCUGCAACUGCAAGAUAAAUCGAUCACUGACGAGGUGAGCAGCGAGCAAGCACAAUAGUCUAUCUACCUGAUCCGAUGGAGGAGACCAAGCCGCGGAACCUCGGCGGCUCGCUGCCCGUGCCCAACGUGCAGGACCUCGCCGGCCGGCCCGACGAGCUCGCGGUCACGCCCACCCUCCUCCGCCGCUAUGUGCGGCCUCAGCCCAACACGGCCGACCUGCGCCCCGACGCCCCUGCCGGCGAAGAACAGGAGCACGUCCCCAUCAUCGACCUCGGCCGGCUCCUCAAUCCGGAUGGCCUCGCCGGCGGGCGGGACGAGGAGGCCGCCAGGCUGCGCUCGGCCUGCGAGGACUGGGGGUUCUUUCAGGUGGUGAACCACGGGAUACCCGAGGAGACCGUGGAGGAGAUGAAGAAGAACGUCAUGGGAUUCUUCGCGCUCCCGCUGGCCGAGAAGACGGCCUUUGCGCAGCAGCCCGGAGAGAUCGAGGGGUACGGCCAGGCAUUCGUCGUCUCGGAGGAGCAGACGCUCGACUGGGCGGACAUGUUCUUCCUCCUCACGCAGCCGCCCACCUACCGCGAUCUCCGCCUCUGGCCGUCCAACCCUUCCACAUUCAAGACUUGCUUGGAGAACUACUCUACGGAGGUGCAAAGGGUGGCAGGUGAGCUGCUGGGAGCCAUGGCGGAGAACCUGGGCGUGAGAGACCACUCGGACAUGACGAGGCUCGCCGCGUCGCAGUCAGUGAGGAUGAACUACUACCCGCCUUGCCCGGAGGCGCAUGUGGACAGCGUGUUGGGCCUGUCGCCGCACUCGGACGCCGUCGGGCUGACGCUGCUGCUGCAGGUCAGCAAGGUCCCCGGGCUGCAGAUCAGGAGGAAAGGCGGCUGGGUCCCGGUCACGCCGCUCCCCGGCGCCCUCGUCGUCAACGUCGGCGACGUGAUUGAGGUGUUCACCAACGGGAAGUACAGGAGCGUCGAGCACAGGGCGGUGGUUAACGCACGCCAUGAGCGGAUGUCCAUCGCGACGUUCCACAGUGGGAGGUUCGGCACCAUGUACGGGCCGCUGGAGGAGGUCGUCGGAGACGGGGAGCCGCGGUACAGGAGUGUCAGCGUCCAGGAAUAUGUGAAGCUCGUGGUCUCCAGCAAGCUCGACGGCAAGAACAUCAUGGACGCCAUGAAGAUCGAUUGAUACUUUGAUAGCAAUACAUGGUCAUCGUUGUGGUGUGACUGGUGUCCACUAAAGUCUGUUAAUGUCUUAA